AUGGCAAAUAAGAAAGAAGAGGACCAGUUUAUACGACCAUUGAUCAAAAUUGAUAUUGAUGAGCCUAUCAGCCAAGGUGCCGAUACGAGUGAUGCAUCUAUAAACCAACGAGCAACCACACCAGUUACAAGUGUUCCCCGUAGGAGUGUCGACUCAAUUGCAUCUCUAGGAUCUGUUGCAACUACAACGACUGCAGCUGGUAAUCAUCGGUUUACAUUUUCAAUGGAUUCGAAGUCUGGGUCUCAAAAUUAUUCACCCUUGGGGAACAACUCAAUAUACGAGGUAGUAAUGAAUACGAGAUAUAAGCAUUGGUUACAGGCCCCUACAAAUAUUGAUAUUACACCUGUUAUUUUAAGUAAAAACGAGUUAUCAGAAAAUUGGAACGACUGUGUUACGAACUAUGUUAGCACAAUAAAGGACGAUGCUGAAACAUUUGUUAAUCGGUCAGAUAUUAAGAGCAUAAAUCGUAUAGAGGAAAUGAAAUUAUACCAAGUUACAAAUGAUCCUAACGAAGAAAUACCUCACCAUGAAUAUCCUGAUGAAGAGUUGAGUAUAAUAAACGAAGAAAACGAUGCUAUCAGUCAAGUUCCGAACUUUUAUUUCGAUAAAUCGUUCUCAUUAGAUAAUGAACGUAUUUUCAGGAAGGUAACAGAGGGCAUAGAUCUGAGACUCAAUAAAUUGAAUGAAAUAAAGAAUACCGAUAAACAAGACCCCGAUGCUAACCGAAUCCAGCAAGAAGCGCCGUAUACAGAUUUAAAAGAUAAACUAAGUGAUUACUUGGAUAUUGUGGAGACAUCUCUGGUAAGUGAAUUAUCGAAAGCGUCACCUCAGUUUUUUUAUGCAUUAAGUGAGGUUGAUCACAUACAACAAAAAGUGUCGGAUACAGUUUCGGAUUUAGAUAAACUAAACACUACUCUAAAGGAAGAUAAGAUUGAGGAUAUAAGCAAACAGAUAAAAAAUCUAAAAACCAUCUUCAAAAGGAAAAAUAUUGAAAGGUUAGAGCAAGGUCUCCUUCAGGUAAAACUUGUAGUGGACAAAGUUGAAAUAUGCAAGGCAUAUUAUGAUAAGGAUGACUACGAUAAUAGUUUAGGGAUGAUCAAAUCAAUAGAUUCUUUGAUCAGAGGAAACAAUGACAACAAUAAGAACGUUACUGAAUGGACUAAGCAGUGGCCAUAUAAGUUAGUUGAUUUAAAAUCUGUACCAGCGUUGGUUGAAACUAGAGAGUUUUUAACCAAUAUGAAAAUUGAAGUUGGUGGAAAAUUAGCUAUCCAGCUAUCUGAUAUCUUGUUAGAUGAUGUAAGGUCUCAUUAUGAAAAUAUCGACAUCGGAGAAACACUAAAAAGAUUACAAAAUGGAUUCGAUACGAAGACAAACCAUGCAGAAUUAAAUACGAAAUUACAAGACUCCAUCAAAGAAAUAAUCUCAAAACUAUACAGGUGUGAAGAAUUGGCAAGUGCCUUUAAUCUGUAUCAAAACAAGGCUUUAACAGAAUGUAAAAAUAUAAUUAAGAAAUACCUCCCUUCCGGUCGCAACCAGGCUGAUUCAACAUCUGUCUCUACAGCACCAUCAUCUGUUUCACUGGCUGCUGAACAAAAGGAUAGUUCCCCAAUCGGAGAUACAUCACUCAAUGAUAUAAAACAAUCAACGAAAGGAGGAAAUGUACCAAAGCUUUCAACUUUGAUCAGAGAACAAAUGCCGAUGGAGUUUCAAGAUAUGUUAGUUGAAAUAUUUGCGCGAUGUAGUGAAGCAAUUAGGGUUUUAUUUCAACAUCAAAAAAUUUUAUUAGAUGUUGCGCUAAACGUAAUUGAUGCUGAUGGAGGUGAAAAUAGGGCAUCCGAGAAUCAACACAAUAUGAUUACGCAACUAGACAUUCGUGCAGGAGUCAAUGAGAUAAUUAGUGUCGUUCAGUUAAGGAUGGGUAAAAUUUUGGCCGUUAGGAAAGAAAUCACAUCCACCUUACGUUAUGAUCACUUUUUACAAUUAUACGCCAUAACUGUUUUAUUCAUUCAGGAAUGCGAAGCUCAAAGCGGUGAGUUUCUAACUAAAUACUUGAGUGAUUCUCUAGCCUCUCAAAUAAAACAUUGCAUUUCUAAUAGAGAUACGAAAAAUACCAGAACAAUUCAAAAGAAAAUUGAAUUAGAGAAUUGGCAACCUUUCAUAGUGAAUCCAUCAUUUCAAAAGGAAGUUAACGAAGUUGUUUCUUGUGUUGAUAUUGACCCCCUCGUUUGGACCGAUCUUAUUCAUCUAAGUUCUAAUGAUAAGGAAGGUGUGAAAUCAGAAUCUUCGAAGGAAGGUCAAGAAGACUCAAAGAUAGACACAGUACCAUCUGGUAACAGAAAAUCAGUUGUAGUCGGAGAUAAUACAUUUGUCGCAAGCGACUCACUGUUAACUGCAAUUACUUUAAUAAGGGAGUUACUGAUCUUAUCAAUAAACCUACCAUCGAUAUACUUACCAUAUUUCGAGAAGUUAUGUUUUAAUUUAUUAAAAUGCUUCAAUACGUACACAAUCGGUACAGUUACAAUGCCUGGAAGACCAAUGAAGAGUUUCGGUAAAAAUCUUUCAAUAAUGGCCGAAACACUAGAUUGCCUAGCUGAAUUUGUCGGGAUAGUACAGAGAUUUUAUCAACGUAUAUCUAAUACUACAAGGGACUUUGAACCGUAUGAUCCUAGCAACUAUGCGUCACUGCUUAAACAGUAUCGGUCUUCUACGGAAAGAAUAUAUGCCGCCAAUGCACCACCACCGCCUACAUAA